AGUGGGAGCCAUAAUCAAGUGUCUUUGGCUACGCGCUUUACGUCACACAGUAAAGAUGGCGACGCACUAAAGGGCUCCAUGCUUUAUUGUUGAUAAAACCAUACAUUGUUAUUUUACAGGAGAAACUCUCACUUGGCUCAGAAAAAUGUCAAGGUUAAUAGUCAAAAAUCUCCCGAAUGGGAUGAAGGAAGAUCGCUUCCGUAAGAUGUUUGCAGAUUUUGGGACACUUACAGAUUGUGCACUCAAAUUUACCAAGGAUGGAAAAUUUCGCAAAUUUGGAUUUGUGGGUUUCAAGACAGAAGAAGAUGCACAGAAAGCUUUGAAACAUUUCAACAAGAGCUUUGUGGACACAUCUAGGGUUACUGUGGAAUUGUGCACAGAUUUUGGCGAUCCAAACAAAGCCAGACCCUGGAGCAAACACACACGCCAGCCUUCAUCAAAGAAAGAUACAGAAGAAAAAAAAACACAUGAGCAAGGAGAAAAAGAAAAAAAGAAGCCGAAGAAGAUUUUAAAUGUUCUGGGAGAUCUUGAAAAAGAUGAGAGCUUCCAGGAGUUUCUGGCAGUGCACCAGAAACGUGGACAGGUUCCCACAUGGGCCAAUGACACUGUGGAAGCGACUGCUGUUAGACCUGAAAUGGAGAAGAAGAAAGAGAAGAAGCAGAAAGCGGCUGUUGAAGAUGAUUACCUGAACUUUGACUCUGAUGAAUCGGAGGAAUCAAGUGAUGACGGCGAGGAUGCUGCAGAUGAAGAGGACAAACAAGAUAACGAGAAGGAGGCCUUGAAGACUGGUCUGUCUGAUAUGGACUAUCUCCGCUCCAAAAUGGUGGAGAAAUCAGACAUGCUGGAUGAGAAAGAUGACGACAGCAGUGCGAGUGCUGCUGAUGAAAAUGAGGAAGAUGAGGGGAAAGAGGAGGAAGAGUCCAUAGUCCAGCACGCAGACAGUGCUUAUGAGAGUGGAGAGAAGACAAGCAGCCAGAAAAGCACAAGGCCAGCAAUUGAGCCAACCACAGAGUUCACAGUCAAGCUACGAGGUGCUCCAUUCAAUGUCAAAGAGCAACAAGUGAAAGAGUUUAUGAUGCCUUUGAAACCCGUUGCCAUUCGAUUCGCUAAGAACAGUGACGGCCGCAACUCGGGUUACGUGUAUGUGGACCUACGAUCAGAGGCAGAGGUCGAGAGAGCCCUGCGCCUUGACAAGGACUACAUGGGAGGGCGCUACAUUGAGGUUUUCAGAGCCAACAACUUUAAAAACGACAGGCGUUCUGCAAAAAGAAGCGAGAUGGAAAAGAAUUUUGUGCGCGAGCUGAAGGACGACGAGGAAGAGGAGGAUGUUGCAGAAUCUGGACGACUUUUCAUUAGAAACAUGCCCUACACGUGCACUGAGGAGGAUCUGAAAGAAGUAUUUAGCAAACACGGUCCUCUAUCUGAGGUGCUUUUCCCCAUAGACAGUCUGACUAAGAAGCCUAAAGGCUUUGCAUUUGUCACAUACAUGAUACCAGAGAAUGCAGUAUCAGCCCUGGCUCAGCUGGAUGGACACACAUUCCAGGGUCGCGUUCUGCACGUCAUGGCUUCAAGGCUGAAGAAGGAAAAGGCCGAUCAGGGGCCUGAUGCUCCCGGCAGCUCCUCAUAUAAGAGAAAGAAAGACGCCAAAGAUAAGGCAGCCAGCGGCAGCUCUCAUAACUGGAACACGCUGUUUUUGGGUACGAGUGCAGUGGCCGAUGCCAUCGCUGAGAAAUACAACACAACCAAGAGCCAAGUGUUGGAUCACGAGUCUGAUGGCAGUCUGGCUGUCAGGAUGGCUCUUGGAGAGACGCAGAUUGUACAAGAAACCAGACAGUUUCUCUUGGACAAUGGAGUUUCUCUGGACUCGUUCAGUCAGGCGUCGGGUGAGCGCAGUAAAUGUGUUAUCCUCGUAAAGAACUUGCCGUCAGGAGUGCAGGUUGCAGAUCUGGAGGCUCUGUUCUCGCCCCAUGGGUCUUUGGGUAGAGUUCUGCUGCCCCCUUCUGGCCUUACAGCGAUAGUGGAGUUCCUGGAGCCCACAGAAGCCAAACGUGCUUUCAUGAAACUUGCAUACACAAAGUUUCAACAUGUCCCUUUGUAUCUGGAAUGGGCUCCUGUCGCUGUCUUUACAACUCCCUCAGCACCUAGACCAGAGCCUCAAACCAAAGAGAAAUCUGCUGUGAAAAAUGAUUCAGUCCAAAAUGAAGAAGAAGAGGAGGAAGAGGAAGAAGAUGACCAGAUUUUACCUGGCUCGACUCUCUUCAUUAAGAACUUGAACUUUAUCACCUCAGAAGAAACAUUACAGAAGACGUUUUCUAAAUGCGGUGUGGUGAAAAGCUGCACGAUAUCAAAGAAAAGAGAUAAAGCAGGUAAAUUGUUAUCGAUGGGUUACGGCUUUGUGCAGUACAAAACUUCAGAGGCGGCACAGAAAGCCAUGAGACAGCUGCAGCACUGCACAGUUGAUGAGCACCAGCUUGAGGUGAAGAUAUCAGAGAGAGAAGUCAAGUCAGGUGUGGCACAGGCCAAGAGGAAAAAGCAAACCGCCAGGAAACAGACGACCUCUAAGAUCUUGGUGCGAAACAUCCCUUUCCAGGCCACAGUCAAAGAGCUGAGAGAACUCUUCUGUACGUUUGGAGAGCUGAAGACAGUCCGCCUGCCAAAGAAAGGGAUUGGUGGAUCCCACCGUGGUUUUGGCUUCAUUGACUUCCUCACGAAACAGGAUGCCAAGAAAGCGUUCUCAGCACUGUGCCACAGCACUCAUCUGUACGGCAGGAGGCUGGUGCUGGAGUGGGCAGAUGCUGAGGAGACGGUAGACGACCUGCGGAGGAAAACCGCACAACACUUUCAUGAUGCUCCUAAGAAGAAGAGGAAGGCGGAGGUGUUAGAGGGAAUCCUGGAGCAGAUGGAGGUCGGCGAUGGAGACGGCGAGUGAAUAGCAGCCGUCAGUCAUUCACCUCCAGCAUCAAUAAGAGAGUAAAUCAUCCAGUGCAACUUCAUUUAUCUCUAUUAUGACUGCGUCUUAAACAGCUGCUUCACGGGCCCUCUUCAGGAAUUCUUCCUUUUGGCCCCAGAUGCUCCCAAUUAGCUUUUUAUUAUAUGCUCAUACAUCAUCCCUGUUAUUGCUGUCAAUGCAUUAAACACUGCGUCUCCCUGCAGACCCGCUCCGACUGAAGGUGAACUCCAAGACUAAGUCCUUUUAGAAAAGCAAAAGCCCGAAGGCCACGCUUGCUUUGGCUGUUUUUAAUCGUCACAGAGGGCCGAGACGGUUCAUACACUGCCUUGACACGCGGAUGACAUUGAGAAAUCGUAUCAGAAAUGAAAUGUGGAAGGGGUUUGAUUGUUGUUUGUACACACAGAGAUUGUGUAUUUUAUUUCCAGAUGCUUACAUAAUUAUGUAAAGUUUUUGAGGUGUUUAAAGUGAUGGUUCAGCCCAAAGUGAUGUGUUAUUCACUGUCAAGUGGUUUCAAAACAUUUAGUUUUCUGUUGAACACAAUAGAAGAUAUUUUGAAGAAUGCUGGAAAUCCAUUAUAAAGAAUAAAAAAUACUUAAGUGGCUGUCGAUUUCUCAAAAUAUCUUCUUUUGUGGAGAAAUGAAAGCUUAAAAUGUUUCAAACAAGCAGUUGUUGAGUGAAUUACAAGGUUUUUUUUGGUAAUUUUGUGCAGGGUGAACAUGUUCUUUCAUUGCAUUGCUAUUAAAUCUGGCCACUGGUCAGUGUUGGUUUUUGAAAAAUGACCUUUUUGGGGUUAUACUGUAUAUGACUAUAAUAAAUUAGUCUGGAAAGAGGA